UUGUCGGUAUUUUGCCUUAUCCUUUUAUAUGUCAAAUUUAUUGCCGAAUUACAUUAAUUUACUCCUUUAAGAGUUUUUGUUUUUGUACAAACGAUAGCAAUAUUCGUCAAAACAUGGCAACUCCAGUUGUACUUGCGGCUACAGUAAAACAUACAUCAACGUUAAUAUUCUUACACGGAUUAGGAGAUACAGGGCAAGGAUGGGCUAGCGCAAUGGGUGCUUUAAGGCAACCAUAUGUAAAGGUAAUUUGUCCAACAGCACCGACAAUGCCUGUGACACUUAAUGCUGGAUUUCGAAUGCCAAGUUGGUUUGAUUUAAAAACACUAGAUGAAUCUGGCCCAGAGGAUGACCAAGGAAUUAAAACGGCUACAAAGCAAAUUCAUGCCUUAAUUGAAAAUGAAAUAUCGUCAGGUAUACCUGCUAAUAGGAUACUUCUGGGUGGAUUUUCACAAGGUGGCGCUUUAGCACUUUACUCUGCUCUAACUUAUCCCCAAAGAGUGGCUGGUGUAGUAGCCCUCUCAGCUUGGCUGCCAUUAAAUAAAACUUUUCCAGCUUCUAAGAAAACAGCUGAUGAUAUACCAAUUUUACAGUGUCAUGGUGAUUGUGAUCCAGUGGUUCCGUACAAAUGGGGACAGAUGACCGCUUCUGUCCUAAAAUCUAUGCUUAAGAACGUUGAGUUUAAAACUUAUCGAGGGUUAAUGCAUACUUCUUCCGAUGAAGAACUUCGUGACAUUAAGCAAUUUAUUGAUAAAUAUUUACCUAAUCUAUAGACUUCUUUUUUUCCAAUGCCAUACCUCUUACUUUUAGAGUAUGUAAUUCAAUUUUGUCCUUUUUUGUUUUGAGACAUUCCCGUUUUUGCAUGCUAUCAUUUUUAGAUCGUUUAAUGUAUAAGCAAAUGUAUAUUAUUAUUAAUUUAUUAUUUUAAAAUCAUUAAAAGAACCACAAUUAUGGUUUAGAAGAA